UUUCCCUUUGCGGCGCUAUUGCGAAAUUGCAACAUUGCGAAAUGCGUGCGGGGAUUCCCGCUUUGUUGCUUUAAAUAGUGCAUCAUGUCAUAGUCGUCAUGGUGACACUGCCUUUUCACAGGGACAAAACAGAUCGAACGUGAACGUCACAGUGUACAUUCAUGCUCGGUUGAAACAUGGUUGAAAUAAGGCUGGAUUCAUCAUGCCGAUAACACACUACUGUACGUGUGUACGAUAAUUUAGCCUACAGUCCAUCCGUACAACAGGUCGCCUUUACCGAUGGAUGCAGCAGGUUGAACCGAAUCACGAAGACUUGAAUGAGCUAACGCGCGACAAAAGGACAGACUAUGGAUAAUCAUAACCAAGGAUCUUUUCGGAGCCUCCCUGACUGCUCAUGUGCCAAUAAAAAAGCUCUCAAGUACCGACCCUACUACUAUGAAGAUCAACUACUCGGCGUCUGUUGCACUAACUGCAGUCAAGCGUUGCUGGAAGAACGGUUUUUGUUUCAUCCAGACGAAGAUAACACCCGCCCCUCGGUAACUGUCAACGAUGUCGUCCUCAAGAAACAACUCAAGAUAGUCACUGAGAGCAACACCACCAAAAUCGAGAAUUGCAAGUCCCUGAGCAAUAUCCUAAAGGUGGGGGAUCACAUCACUUGGCAGCGCAGGUUUGGCCACUGGCAUCAUGCCAUCGUGUUAGGCGAGCCCUCAAAUUAGAAUCCCUCCCCAUAC